AUGAUUCCAGUCAAUUCCAUCCAAAUCCCAUUUCGCCAACCUUUUUGUGGUGCUCGGUUCCAGGUUCUCAAGGCGGCAUUUCCGGGCUCGCGAAUGAGCGACCCUCGUCGUUGCAAGAAGCACAUGAGCGAAAAUACUGGGCGUAAUGAAGGGGGCCACGAACGCGGGAAACAAGGCACGAAGCCCGUCUUUGGAAGAACGCAGCAAAAACAAAGGAAUAACAGGAAGGUGAGGGGGGAUUCGGGAGAUAUGCAAUUCCCUAGUUUGUCUCCUACAGAGGACGAACGCCGUAUGAAGAAGCAAAGCAAGAUGAACAGAGAGUGA